CAUACCACAUCAACAAGUUCGAGGUUUCAGAUAUCCUCGGCUUCAAGACCGCCAUCGACCCGUAUCAACAAGUAACUAUCACAGCAAAGUAGCACUGUGUUCAUUGAGACCCCAAUCUCAAAGAGUUCAUCACGUCGAGGGCAACAAAAUUAUUCAGAGAAAGCUUGUCUGCACGACACUGACGAAAGCUCCCGUCUAUAACAAAGGGUCUCUGUCACCCAGCUGGAUUUUACCCAUACCACACAAAAGUAUCACCAGCACCACCAUACUCAUACACAUACCUCAAGAUGGGACCGAGCAGAGACGCUUGUGACCGGUGUCAUACCAUGAAAACCCGGUGUCAACGGACUCCGCAAACUCGGGAAUGUGUCCGAUGCAACCGUCUCGGUAUCUCGUGUACUUACUCUCCUCCGGGCCGGACCGGUCGGCCACUGGGUGCUCGCAAGGGGGGUUCAGAGAAGGGCAAGAAGGAGGCGGCCGCAAGGAGCAGAAAAGGGGGACGCAUUUCACCAAUGGUAAAAACGCACAUGUCCGCAUCAUUGGGAAUGCCAACGCCCGGACUCGAUCACAGUCUGCAGAUGAUGCCCGACGGGAACUCGGGGGUAAACCCGAGUCUUCUCGGCGACUUCGACCUGUUUUCCGCUUCUGCUUACCAAGCGGAGCUUGACUACCUUUCCUUCCCUUUCAUGGACUCCUUCCUCGCUGAAAGCGCCGGUGACCUCACAUUUGCACUUGCGAGCGCCAUGGAUUCGCAACCAUCAUACUCCUCUGGAUCUUCCAGCCCUCCUGGCUCAUUGUCUCCGCGUACCCCCGCGACACCACAUCAACAAUCUUUCCAACCCUCUUCCAGUCAUGAUCAGCGCGCAUGGAGUGUAAACAACACCGACUCUUCUUCAGACCCGGGCUCACCAUCUUCUCUUUUCACUGAGAACAUAUUCUCCCCAUCCUUCAUUCCCAAGCCGCCUCGAAACCAAUAUUUCCCCUCGGACGAGCGCAGCAACAAUGGCGAAGGCGAUGGAGAGAUUCUUGUCCGUCUACUUGACCUACAGGCCCGCAUAUCCAAGCUUGUCAAGCAUCUUCACGGAGGUCGUGGUUCCUCAAUUGACUGCGAAGAGGUUUUAAACGCAGGUAAAUCGCUGAUCAGCUUGCUCGAAAACGUUGGCGCUCCCUCCAGAUUCUUCUCCAGUUCAUCUUCCUCGCCAUUUUCAGACAGCAGGAUGUCUGAGCCAGCUAGCCCCAUGUUCUCUAGCAGCUCGAGGUCGACCUCCUCAUCCACAUCUUCCGCGCUAUCUUCGGAAAACACAAUCCCCAGCAACGUCCUGAUUCUUUCCCUCUCCAGCUGCUACGCAACUCUGCUCCACGCCUACGAGUUACUGGCUGAUCGCCUGCAUCAUCAACAGCAACACAGUCACAGCCAUUGUCAGAAAUAUGUUUCAGGCAUACAAACGCCGCUACUCAGUCCUGCUUCGUCUAUCUCUUCUUUAUCACCCAUAGAACAACAGCAGGGUUAUUUUUUCAGCAAUGGGCUGAGACACCAAGCACAACAGCCACUGGACGGUAAUAAUGCCCACCUUCAUGCUAUGGCGCAGAUGGUGCAAAAGCUCAAGCAUACGCUGCAACGGUGUAUGGGAAGAAUGGGUCAGGGAAGUAGUGGAAGCAACGGAGCGCUCGGCGCAAAGAAGAAGAAGCAGAAUCCGAAUGUGCAUGUGGAUAUGGAGAGCUGCUGUGACGCGAGUAAUGAUAACUUGCUGAUGAGCCUUUCCAAACCGGCGUUACUGGAGAUGGGAUGGGGAGAGGAGGAGUUGUGGCAGGGCAUGAACUGGUGAUGAUGACUUUGUAAACUCUUUUUGCCGUAUCUACCUAUUUUGUUGUUCGCCUGUGAUUGUCACAUUCUCUCUUCUAUCUCUUGAACGGGUUUCCGAUAGGGAUUUCGUUUUUUCUUCUCUCUUUAUCUUUUUCUUUUUGGUUUCUGCGAAAGUGAAGCAUUGGGAUGAUGUGCCGGCGGCUUCUUGCUUUUGAUGGAAUAGGGUUCAUAGAAGGUUUGAUCAUGUUGGAUUAGGAAUGCACAUAAAGAUCAUAACGAUAAUGGAUUCCCUGUAGUGAACUUUACACCAAGAGAAAUCAC